AAUCAUUUAUCAUGUAUCAAGGCGGAUGAAUAAUGAUCAAAAAAUAAUUUCCACGUAACUUGUACCUAGUUCCCCUUUCGAUAAUUUCGGAAAUUAUAUCACCAAGCCAAGCGGUCCACACCGUUCCAAAUCCACACAUGACAAACCAAGCAUUCAGUAUUCUCGCGCAUCUAAAACACUCAACAUGAUCUUCAGGAUCGUCUUCAUCUUCCUACUUUUUUGUGCCACCGUGUAUCCGCAGAAAAUCAGGGAAAGCCGAACAAUGGGAAUGUUCGGGAAGAUCAGAUCUGGUUUGGAGAUGGCCGGCAAGUUUCUCGGACUUGAUACCGCUAAAGGAGUGGCCGAGCUGGUCAGCAACGCUUUUGGUAAGAACGACCACAGGAAGGAAGACAAUGAGGAGGGUGCGGGAGGUAAUAUAUUCUCGGGGUUCCUGAGGAUGCUGGGGUUCGAUGCUAGGAGGAUAGGGGCCAUAGCUGUCAAUUCUAUCGUGUUUAUAGCUCAACUGAUUGGUAAAUCUUUGGCGAGAUCAAAACCCUUCCUUGUAUCGGAAGUGAAGAAACUCCCAAAUGGUUCUCCUUUGGAUUGGGUCAUAGAAAAACCGGAAGUGAAAUCCAAAAUGUCAUACAUGGUGAACCCAGAGCUACCAAACGAUAUUGUUGAAUAUAUCAAGGAAAGAUCCUUGGAUGAAAACACGGAUUGUAUCCAACUCUUGAUAUGUAAAAGUGCUCCUUUCAUUUGGGGUAUGCAGAGGUCUUUGACAGGAGAAAACUCGACAGUUGGGGGUAUAUCUGCCCUUUUUCAACACUUACCAUCAACAGAAGAGUUUUUGACGAAUGGUGAGAGGUGUGAGAAGCAACAUCCGUAUUGUUUCCUAGACGUAUAUUGAAGUUGUUCUCAAAAUAAUUCCUUAAAUCGAAAAUACCUCAAACAAGUGUGAAUUGCAUAAAAAUA